CAACAUUACAAGCUAUCAAACAUUAAUCAGUUUUCUCUACUUAUCUAUAUAUAUAUAUAUGCCUACAAAGACUCGCAGCUUUACUAUCAGAGGAAACAGCGAUGAACAGAGACGGCGGCGGAGGUGUGGUGGAGACAGUCGUUAAGAGUCUUGGCAAAGGAUUCGAUUUAACGGCGGAUUUUCGGUUAAAAUACUGCAAAGACGGCGACGGCGCCGCCGGAGAUGACAGAUUGGUUGUUCUAGACGAAACUCAAAACAGAGAAUUGCAUGUUCCUGGUUUCGGAGCUAUUCAGAAUGUCUCCUCCGAUAUCAACUGCGACAAAGGAGAGCGCACACGAUUCCGCUCCGACAUUCUCGAUUUCAAUAAGAUGUCGGAGUAUUUUAAUCAGCGGUCGUCGGUGACCGGGAAAAUUCCGUCGGGAAAUUUCAACGCGACGUUCGGGUUUCAAAGCGGGUCAUGGGCAACUGACGCCGCAAACGUUAAAUCUUUAGGUCUCGACGCUUCUAUUGUAACGCUUUUUAAUCUCAACAUCCACAAUCCCAAUCGUUUGCGUCUCACUGAUCGCGUUCGAAACGCCGUUCCUUCUUCCUGGGACCCGCAAUUACUGGCCAGGUUUAUAGAGAGGUAUGGGACACACGUAAUAAUUGGGGUGAGCGUAGGAGGACAAGACGUGGUUGUUGUGAGACAAGACAAGUCCUCCGAUCUCGACACCGACCUCAUCCGCCACCAUCUCUACGAUCUCGGCGACCAAUUGUUCACCGGCUCUUGUCUUCUCUCUUCUCGCCGGCCCAAUAAAGCCCAUCACAGCUCACAAUCACAGCCCAAGUUCCCGGAGGCUUUCAAUGUCUUUGAUGACAAGCAAACGGUUGCGUUCAAUAAUUUCUCGAUAAAUUCCAAAAAUGGAAUAACAGUUAUAUGUGCGAAAAGAGGAGGUGACGGAAGAGCAAAGAGCCAUAGCGAGUGGCUGAUAACAGUACCGGAAAAGCCUGAUGCGAUCAAUUUCAACUUUAUUCCGAUCACAUCACUCCUUAAAGACGUACCUGGCUCUGGUCUUCUCUCUCACGCCAUGUCUCUCUACCUCAGAUACAAGCCGCCGUUAAUGGACCUGCAAUAUUUUUUGGACUUCUCUGGGCCUAGAACGUGGGCCCCGAUCCAUAACGAUCUUCCGUUCGGCGCGGCGCCAAAUAUGGCUUCGUCGUAUCCGGCUCUGCACAUCAACUUCAUGGGUCCCAAACUAUACGUUAAUACCACUCCCGUGACUAGCGAGAAGAACCCAGUAACCGGAAUGCGAAUGUUUCUUGAAGGCAAGAAAUGCAAUAGGCUGGCUAUACACUUACAACACCUAGAAAAUACAAGUACUACGGUUGGAGAAAAGAUCACCAACGAUCAUAAAUGGAGAGGCUCCGACGAAAUCGUCGACAACAAUCGCUACUUCGAACCUUUAAACGGUAAGAAAUUCUCACACGUGUGCACAGCUCCGGUAAAGUACGACCCAAACUGGAUCACAACAACAACAAGUCACAAGUCCAAAAUCAACGUCGCUUACAUAGUCACCGGAGCACAGCUCGAAGUGAAGAAACACGGCUCAAAGUCCGUUCUCCACCUCCGUCUCCGUUUCACCAGAGUCUCCGAUCACUACGUCGUCCAAAAAGAUUGGGUUCAUGGACCAGGAACUUCCCAAAAAUCUGGUAUCUUCUCUUCCAUGAGCUUACCAUUGACUAGUGGGAGUGUUCAUCAUAAUAUGAUCAAUAACAAAGACAAAAACGAGGUCGUUUUGGACUCCGGUGUCUACCCCAAAGGACCUCCGGUGCCGGCGAACAACAAGAUUGGUAAAUUCGUUGAUCUCUCACAGUUAUGCCGAGGACCUCAACAUAGUCCUGGUCAUUGGUUAGUCACUGGCGUUCGGCUUUACUUGGAUAAAGGCAAACUUUGCUUGCAUGUCAAGUUUGCUCUGCUACAUCGCCAACGUCUUCUUGCCUCUUCGUAACAAAAGAUCAAACAAAUUUUUUUUUGUGUACGAUAAUAUUGUUUUUCCUCCGAAAUUUCGACACACAAAAGAGUGAUUUUUUUGGAGUUGGCAGAUAUAUAUAGAGGUUGUGUAUGCGUGUUUGAGAACUGUUCAUGUACAUACACAUAUUUUGAGAUUAUUUGUAGUAGUAAGCUUUCCUUUUUUCUUCUUAAAAUUAUAGAUUUUUCAUUUUUGUAGAUUUUUCAUUUUUGUAGAUAUAUAUUCGUAUUCAUUGACUUUAAUUUAUUGAUUUCGAGAUAUGUACGAGAAAAAACGGGUAACCGGAAUGAACUUAGCUUCAGUUUUGUUUGUAUUCGGUAGGUCUAGAAAAUACUGCUUUCUUAUACUUCAAACCAAACAUUUUGUACAUAGAAAUUGCUCUUUGGCGCUCAAAGUCAAACAUUUCCGGUCAAUAGUCAAAACCAAAGAAAAAGCUCUUGAAAAAUCUGGAUAGCAAUCAACUCAAACGCAGAACGUGGCCAAAUCGCUCAAGCUCAAGCGUCUCCUGCCGCUGGCGCUUGCAAACAUUGGCCUUCUUGAUCCUCACAAGCUUAUUAUAAACGCACCACGCAAAGCUCAAGAAGUGGUCGCGGUUCAAACCCUCAUUAUAAACUCCCCAAUAACUUGGAUGGUACGUCACAUGAUACCAAGCCGACGCCUUCGCCGACGCAUUAAAGUCCUCUUCUUUCUCAGAGGCAUUGAACCACGACAAAGCUUCUUUCCUCAGCGCUCGGACCGCCCUCCCAAUCGAUUCCCCGUCACGUCUCUUGGUGAAGGACUUGGACAUCCUCAUGAUACCACCACUGAGUAUCUCAGCCUCGGUCUUAAUCCCAUAGUAAUCCAUCAAAUUACCCAACUUGUAAUCGUAAUUCCCCUUGUGGAAGAAAGCUUCAUCAAUAUAUUCCUCGAACCCGAGAACUUCCAUGUCUUUAUCAUAAGACUUUUCUGCCACGUCAAGAGUAAAGGAUUUGAUCGAGAUCCGAGGUGGAGCUCGCUCUUUCACCUCUCUGAAAAGUUUACCUAUCACGUUCUCGGACUCGUACGUGGGUUUAUCAAGCUUCUCCAUAAAAUCUGGAUACUCUUUCACAUAAAGAUGCUGCGGUAUCUCGGCUGCAACACCCGUUUUGGGGAAAUCCACAGCUAUUGAGAACUUUCUUGCAAGCUGAAUGCAAGGUUCACUGAAUGCCUUCUGUGGUUCUUUGUCAGCAAAGGCGGUAUGAGCAUUCGCGAUGAUUCCGAGACUAUCAUUGACGAUGUAGUUCGUGAAGUACUCUUCGAUUUCCUCAAUUGUCACAUCAUGAUCCAAGAUUUGAGCUGGUUCAGGAGUGUAGUCCAUUGGCUCAGACGUUCUUGGUGGAAUCAAUUCCUGAUCCCAACAUACAAAAUAUAUAUCUCCAUCUAAGUCACUCCCUGAACACUCGUUUGGAGUUUUACCUCGAGCCUUUCUGAGGGAAAACAACGCAAUCCACCAUGUGACUCAAAGCUGGGACCUUAACAGCUUGAAGAACACGCACGUCACCAGGAUGCAGACACGGAUUUUUGGCGACAACAACAGGACCCAUUAUGCACUGAGUUCCUAGCCUCGUGGGAUCUGAAAACUGCACGAACACUUGUCCGUAUUCCAAUGUUCUGGUCUCGUCUAGGCAACCCAUCAUAGAUCUUCCACGAGGAAUGAAAAUCCGUGAUUUCGUCCGUAGCUCCAACAACUUAGAUGUCCUGAAAUUCUGAAGCAUCAUCGAGAGGAAUGGCUCGGUGUCCGGUUUGUAACCACACAAGAUUAGUUCCUUGAGAAUUUGCGUGUUUUCCCCUGGAGCCAUUAGACCAAGAGCCUCAUGAGCCUCUAGAGGAUUGGUUAAGAUUGCGUCGAGCUGAUCCACAACUUCCCGUUGUUUCUUCUCAAAGACACUGUCUCUAACACCCAAAGUAGACAAAAGUGUGAUUAGUUGCCUGUUGAGGUAACAAGGCUGGUACUUGCUCCACGCCAAAACGUCAAGCUUUGUGUUCUCCGACUCGAAUUUGCUCAUACUCUUCCUCAAAGACAGUUUCUUUGAUGAGUCUGGAUCCACAGCCACCACUCCUUUAUACCCGCCGUAUCGGAUUUGAAAAGCAGACGGAGAAAACUCUGUGAGGCCACACUUCUUAGCCACCCGUCUAGCAAACUCGGCUGAGAUCUUUCCUAUUCCAUCGGAAAACACAUACCGUGUCUCUAAACAUCUGACCUCAACAUCCGGAAUCACUUCAAUCUCGUCUUUCCAAACAUUAAGCGUCUCUCUCGACGAGCUAAACGACUGGCCGAGCCUUGCUGCGUAUUUCGCCACGUUUCUUAUAUGCUCGAAAUCACCCAUCCAAGCUCUGAUGCCUGCCGCCGUGAGCCCGUCUCUAGGAGCAAACAUCCAAGCGGAGCUCUCCCGCAGCUGGCUGGAAGAGAAGGCGAGGAAGUCAAACUUCUUACCGCCGAUGACGAUCCCAUCUCGAAGAACGGAAAUAAUCCUGUCGUAUAGCUUGGUUCUUGGUUGAGUAGAAGAGCGUGGAGACAGAUCCAUGGAACGAACCUUCUCAAGAUCUUCAUCAACGAAUGAUAUCCGGAGGAAGUUGUUGAUAUAGACAGAGUAUUGCCGAAGCACACGGUUCGAAACAUUCACCUCUGGUCCGGAGAAGUAGACUCUUGUCGGUGUAACCUGGACGCGGUACAUGUAAACAAGCCCGUCGUCCAGAGAUAUCACAGGAGGCUCUGGAACCUUUCCUUUCGAAAUCCAGUACUUGUACUCUUCGCGGAGCCAACGAGCAGGCUCAUAGCAACACUCCGUAAGAUAAAAGAGUUUCUCAAGAGAGUGAUCUAUGAGAGCUCUGUCAAAUCUUUGUGGAUCAAUAAGCUGAUAGAAGUCACGAUCAAGAGCUGGCCCGGGCAUACAAGCGUUCUGCACCAGUGCAUUGACUUUGAACAAGAUCUCGAAAGGCAGGUCAAACCCUGGAGGAGGAUCAACAACAGGGACGAGGUUGUUUGAGUCUGACGAAUAGCUAGACCCGGAUUCAAUGAGAAAGCUACCUUCUUUGUGCUCUGCGUAGUUGGCGAAAUUCUCUCUGAAGUCAGGAACAUUGAGCUGAAGGGGAAGCUCUAAACAGAACGCAGUUGAUUGACCGAUACGGGAAGAAGAAGUGAAAUCUGUGGUUCUUAUCCAUUGCUCAUCAGACCCAUCACUGUAGAAAUCAAGCAUUCCAAACAAAUGAUCAACAGGUUGAUCCUCUUUCUGAAAGAUUUUAGGAGCACCAAUGACCUGAAUCACAAGAAACUUUGACUGUCGUCCUCUCGGUGAAUGCAAAUCGAUCUGCCAUAUGUUUUCAUAAGGAAGCUCGAGCCGAUAAUCUUUCUCAUACCAAGACAUGGAGAAAUGAAGUUUCCGCAUCCCAGUUCCAAACGAGACACGAACAUUUUGAAUACUCCAUAGAACCGAGAGCUUCUUGGGCGAGACCUGACAUCCAAAGUACAUCUUCAAAUCCGAGAUGUUGUGCAGUGAAGCUCUCGGUUUCGGAACAAUGUCUUGCUCCACUUCAAAGGCCUUGAGAUAAGAUCUCCCGUAAUCGAGACGCUUUUCGGCAAGCGUGAUGAUCAGCCUCGCGUGUCUCUCGGAUGUGAAUUGAACAAUGGCGUAGACUCUUGGUCCACCUUUCUUCGGCUUCCUGAUUUUGAUUGCGAAAACAGUGCCUGAGCCAGUGAGCCUUUCAAGAAACUUUUUAACAUCCUCUGUGUUCACACCAUCCGGGAAACCAAACACUUGAAUCGUCUUCCCCAUUCUGCUCUCAUAUAUAAAUUCCUCGACCUAACCUAAAAAAGAACAAGACCGCGAGUUUCUGCGGUGGCGAUGACUGAUCUCCGAUCACCGAAGUCCGAUGUAAUCGCCGAGUAAGUAGCUGAUGAGUGAUCGAUCGCUUUAGAUUCUCAAUAUUAUAUACACUGACUGGACCAAAGACCGUCUUUUCUUUUCGUCCUCUUUGGUCGUCGUCUUCGGGGGUCCCAUUGGCUACUAGUCUUAAUCCUCUGCUUCGUGUAACAGUUUAGUCCCGUCCUGAUUACGUCCGAUCGGUUACGUCACUGCUACAGAAUUUAAUCGGACGGUGGAGAGCUCUCGUUGAUGUAUUUAUUAUAUAAAUGAGUCAUUUUUGGAUAAUGAUAAAAGAAGCUUUUUCGAGAAUAUUUUUAAGAAGGUUUAAGAAGGAGGAGGUAUUUCCAAAGGAUAUCUGAAACCGAGAUUUAUCAACGAAGACCAAGAUCUAAAGACGAAGAAAAUAAAUAUUCGUUAUUAAUAACUUUUGAUGGUAGGGUAUAUAUAACGAAGAAGAUACCAAACCUUAGUAGC